AUGAUUAUUUUUUUUAUCCUUUCUCUUGUCGUAGCACAAAUCACAUUACAAGAUGGAGAAAUCAUUGAAGGACACAUAACUAAUGAUGAAGGUGGAACUAAUCAGUAUGUAUUGUUCAAGGAGGCUUUUAGCUUAUCCCCUAUAUCUUAUCUUUAUAAAACUAAGUCCAUUAAUUCAUCAAAAGCGAAUUUUAUGAGUCAAUUCGCUUAUUUUCUAUCCCAAAUAAGCUCGGAGACUAGGCAAAGCGUAGUUCAGAGCUUAUUUCAUACCCAUCGAAGCCAUAUCUCAGAUCUUACUUUUACUCUAACCCCACUGGCUGGUACCAAUAAUUCUGACCUUCUUUUAUCAACAUCAAAAAUCCCAAACAAUACAAGUUAUGAUAUAAGCACUUUUGGACAGUCAGAAAAAUCAAUAAAAAUUGGAAAAAAUCAAGUUAUGCCUAACCAUGACUAUUUUCUAUCUGUAAUUUGUCUAUCAAUAUGCAAUUACUCUAUAUAUGUAUCUCAUGGAGAAGAUAUUCGUUUAAUAACUGACAUGUUUUAUGCAGGCCAAGUCGGUUUACACAAAUUCAAAUAUUAUUCUUAUCUGAUUGAGCAUGAUCAUGAAGACAUCACAAUAACAGCUACCGCGCUAAGUGGGGAUCCAGACAUUUAUAUGUCUUUAAACCCCAACUAUACCCAGCCAUCUACAACCAAAUAUGAUUUUUUUAAGUCCGACUAUGGAAGUGACUCAAUUCGUCUUUAUUGGGAGCAUGACAUAAAGCAACAUUGCAGUAGUCAGCCUUGUACUUUAUAUAUUGGAAUUUAUGGGUAUUUAUCGUCUACUUAUACACUUAAAGUGCAUUCUAAUGUCUUAUCGCCUUCUUUAUUGCAUUUAAAUGUCCCUGAGAUGCACCAAACUAAGAACUGGGAGUAUGAUUAUUUUUACGCUAUUACAAAUUCGUCAAGCCAGGCUACUAUAUCUCUUCAAACCUCAGACGGUAACCCAAAUCUGUAUAUAAGCAUAAUAGAUCCUUCAGUUUAUGGAUAUUCUUAUCAUUAUUGGACACUCCCUACUCCAAUAGUCUACCUCAUGCUGUCAGAUUCUACCUCACAAAAUGAAGAAAUAAAAAUUAAGCCAAAAGACCUUAAGGCUUAUUGCUCAUCGGAUGACUGUAUUGUGGUAGCAUUAGUGCAUUGCUUUACAGGGAAUUGCAGAUAUAUGAUUGAGGCGAAUCAAGAUAAUAUUUAUUGGUUAUUAGAAGGCGAGCCUAAACAUGGUGCUGUAGAGCAGAAUAAAUAUGGCGUGAGGCCUUAUUUGAAAGCUUUAGGAAAGUAUUUUCAAGGUAAAAUACCUUUAAAGAGCUAUUUUUUCUUGAUAAGCUGUAAAGAAAAUUAGCAAAAAAAAUUUGAAAAGCAUGCCAUUUUCCUUUUUAAAGACACUCUGUAAGAAUCUAAAAGAGUCAAUCAGCUAUAUACAUAUUAUAAAUUUUAUUGCAAUGAUAAAGAUGCAAAUAUAGUGAUAACCCUGACUUACUUUCUUAAUUAGAUAUAGCGUUUAACGUCCCUCACGGGGCAGGCAUUCCGGGCCCACCGCCACCUCUUGACACAUAGGGAUCUGAAAGCACAGCCUCCCAGUACGAUCGCUCAGCGCACCAUGCACCUCCAGGUGACGUCACCGACUUCGACGGCUCAUGAGUAAGCGACUUCUCUUGUUGUGACGUGAGUUGCCUGCACAGAAAAUUAAAAAAAUGGAUUUUCUGGCCGACUCUCGGCAAAAAGGGAAAGCAUGUGGCCUGUGACGUAACGCCCAGUUUCACGCUAGGGAGUUGCCCGAAUGAUCCUAGGCACUUUGCUGGGCUUCCCAUUUCCAACCUCCAUGCAUCCCUUCCCCACGAGGUAAAAUCCAUCCUAGUCGUUGAGCAUGGGCCAGGCUCUGCCCUGCAGAAUUGCUUACCUGACAUUGUUGCCCAUUUCCAGAAUGGCAAAAUCUUGCCGGAUAUAAUAAAAAUAUGUGCUCGGAAGCUGCGUGGCCGGAGGCCAUGCUAGGUGGAGACGCCAUAUUUUAAAUUAUGUGAUAACCCUGACAACAGAAAAUGGAAAAAAUCUUGAUAUGUUUGCUAUUAAAGGAGAGAAUAAAAUACCAGAAAAUAAUCAGUAUGAUUGAAAAUCUGAGUAUUUUGAAGACAAUUCGUUGAUAAUUGUAAGGAAAAAUGGAGCUUCCCUUAAAGGGGUGUACAUUAUUGGAGUAUAUGGAAACCAAGCAGCUAAAUUUGUUAUUAUGGUAGCUCAGCAAAAAAAAUUGGUUUCAAAAAUAUCAGCGAAUAUUCCAAUUUAUGGAAGACUGGAUGAGAAUAGUGAAAAUUAUUAUGCAUUUUAUAAUUAUCUUGAUAAAGAUUUUACUAUUCAACUAUUACCUCUGCAUGGGAAUGUGAUUUAUUACGCUAGCAAUGAUAUAAAUAACAAUGAAAAUUUCCCAACAGAAUCAAGCCAUAUUUGAUCAUCUAUAAAUAGUGAAAAUGGGCAAGAAAUUGUAAUAAAAUCAAAUGACCAAAAUUAUUGCUCAAAUUGCAAUUUUUUAAUAUCAGUCGCUUCUGCUUCAAAUUGUUCAUAUAUUUUAUCAGUAUCAAAUAGCGAUCAAAUUUUAACAAAAAACAGAAAUAAGACCACAAUUUUCAAGCAAUUCUGAUUUUGGGUACUUCUAGCUCUCCUAACGCUAACAGCCACAUUUGGGCUUAUUACUUAUUUCCUAUUAAAAAAGACCAAGAAGCAGCUUGAGUACGAAAUCCAAGAUGUCAGAAAUGUUGCAGGCACUGGAAUUUACCCUCAGAAAUCUAUAAAAAAUGACCCAGACUAUGACAACUUAAAUGAAGAAGAAAUUGAUCUCUCACCAUAA